GCUGCUCGGCGGCCCAUUUUAAUCGCGGGGCGAUGCAGAAGUUGCUUUCUUUGUUCCCAGCCCCCGUUGGGGUUGCCGUCCUUGCGGGGCGGUGAAUGCAUAGACGCCGACGACCUUUUCGCGCCGUGGUGGGUUGAAUUGGUCGUGCCAUCCUCUUCUGGAGGUGCGGGGUCUGGGAAGGUGAACCAGCUAUGGCGCCGGGGGUGGUGGGUACGUCGGAAGCGACGAUGACAACGACAUGGCCGUCGAAGAAAGUGAGGGAGACGUUCUUGAAUUUCUUCGUGUCUAAGGGCCACGAUGUUGUGCAGUCCAGCCCGGUUGUCCCUGUCGACGAUCCCACGCUACUCUUCGCGAACGCAGGUAUGAAUCAGUUCAAGUGUAUUUUCUUGGGGACAGUUGACCCGAAGAGCCCCCUUGCUCACCUGAAGAGAGCCUGUGACACGCAGAAGUGCAUCCGCGCUGGAGGGAAGCACAAUGACUUAGAUGACGUCGGGAAGGACACCUACCACCACACGUUCUUCGAGAUGCUUGGCAACUGGUCCUUCGGAGAUUAUUUUAAGGAGGAAGCAAUCUCAUGGGCGUGGGAGCUUCUGACCGAGGUGUACGGUCUUCCUAAGGAUCGCAUUUAUGCGACCUACUUCGGAGGCGACAAGAAGCUGAACCUUGGAGCAGAUGAUGAAGCUAGAACUAUCUGGUUAAAGUAUCUCCCUGAGGAAAGAGUCCUGCCCUUUGGAUGUAAGGACAAUUUUUGGGAAAUGGGCGACCAGGGUCCGUGCGGCCCUUGCACUGAAAUACACUACGAUAGAAUUGGCGGCCGCGAUGCCUCAUCAUUUGUCAAUGCUGAUGACCCAACGGUUAUUGAAAUAUGGAACAACGUGUUCAUUCAGUUCAAUCGCGAGGCUGAYGGAUCGUUGAAGCUUCURCCAAAGAAMCAUGUCGACACUGGACUGGGCUUCGAGCGCCUGACGUCAGUCCUGCAGAACAAGAUGAGCAACUACGAUACCGACGUCUUCGAGCCCAUGUUCAAUGCCAUCCAGCAGGUCACAGGUGCUCGUCCGUACGAGGGGAAGUUGGGUGAUGAAGACGUUGGCAAUGUUGAUAUGGCAUAUCGAGUGGUUGCCGAUCACAUACGGACUCUGUCCUUCGCAAUUGCAGAUGGAUCACGACCAGGUAAUCUGGGCAGAGAAUAUGUUCUUCGAAGAAUUUUGAGAAGAGCAGUUCGAUAUGGGAGGGAAGUGCUCAAAGCUCCGGAAGGGUUCUUCAGCAGCCUGGUGCCCACUGUUGUGGAAACCAUGGGUGAAAUUUUCCCAGAAUUGGUGAAGCAGGAGUCCAAGAUCAAGAGUAUUAUUGCCGAAGAAGAGUCAAGCUUUGGAAGGACUCUUUUGAAGGGUAUUGACAGAUUCAACAAGGCAGUGAAGGAGGUCAAGGAUGGGAAAUUAAGUGGUCAGGAUGCGUUUGUGCUGUGGGAUACUUUUGGCUUCCCCGUAGAUUUGACCCAGCUUAUGGCAGAAGAGAGGGGCUUGACUGUCGACGUGGUAGGAUAUGAGAAGGCAAUGGAAGAGUCCAGAGAAAUGUCGAGGACUGCCAGGGGUAAGGUUGGCGGCAACUCCCUCGCUAUGGAGGCAGAAGCGACCUCACAGUUGCAAAAGAUGGGUGUGGUGCCGACUGACGACAAUCCCAAAUACAUCUGGUAUAAGGGUCACGAGACCAAGGUCAAGGCAAUAUUUUCAAGUGAAGGUUUUGUGAAGAACACCGCAGAUAUCUCUUCAGGAGAGGAUGUAGGGCUCAUCCUUGAGAGCACGAGCUUUUAUCCGGAGCAGGGCGGACAGAUUUACGACACUGGUUCCAUCAUCUCUAGCUCUGGCGCUGUGUUUGAUGUUACAAAUGCUCAGGUGUACGGAGGUUAUGUGCUACACGCAGGGACUGUUAAGAAUGGAGAGGGCAUCGCAGUGGAUGAUUCAGUGACUUGCGAGGUGGACUACGACCGGAGACGGCUGAUAGCUCCCAACCACACCUGCACUCACCUCCUGAACUUUGCGCUCAAGGCUGUCUUGGGUGACCAUGUUGACCAGAAAGGCUCCCUUGUUGCCCCUGAUAGAUUGCGAUUUGACUUCUCGCAUGGGAAGCCGAUUGAUGCGAAAACACUCAGGGCAAUAGAAGGCAUUGUCGUUAAACAAAUAGAGGAGCAGCUUCCUGUCUAUGCAAAAGAGGCAAGCCUCGCUGAAGCCAAGCGCGUUGUUGGUCUUCGAGCGGUCUUUGGAGAGGUUUAUCCAGAUCCUGUGAGAGUAGUGUCGGUUGGAACUCCAGUCGACGAGCUUCUGUCUGACCCGGAAAAUAGGGACUGGGAAAAAGUUUCAGUUGAAUUCUGCGGAGGUACGCAUCUGUCCAAUACCAAAGAGGCAGAUUACUUCGCCCUCUUGUCAGAGGAGGGGAUUGCGAAAGGCGUCCGACGCAUUAUCGCACUGACAAUGUCUGCAGCAAGGGAGGCAAUCGAGCUUGCAGAUAAGCUCGGGGAGCGCGUUCAUGCAGCUGGAAAGCUGAAAGGAGCUGAGUUGGAGAAGGAAGUUGCAGCACUGAAGAGUGUUGUCGAUCCCGCUCCAAUUCCUGCAGCAAGGAAAGCAGAUCUCAAAGCGAAAAUUGCUGUGUUACAGGAGCAAUUGCGUGAAGCUCAUAAGGCAGCAGCUGGGUUGAAUCUGAGAACUGCAAUCAAAGCCGCGGUGGACGAAGCAGAAGCAGCAGCAGCGAAGGGUGAAUCAGUCUGUGUGCUACGACUUGAUGUCGGUUUGGAUACGAAUGCUGUGCGUGAGGCUGUCACAACAGUCCUUGGAAAAAGCAAGGAUUUGGCCGUUAUGAUGUUGAGCGUUGACGAGGCAAAGAACAAGGUUCUCUUGUAUGCUGGUGUCCCGGAUACCGUCUCAAAAAGAGGACUCCAAGUGUUGGACUGGUUGAAAGCUGCGCUCAAGCCAGUUGAUGGAAAAGGCGGAGGAGGAAAGGGAGGCCUUGCACAGGGACAGGGUGGGAACGCGGCGGGAGCGGAGGAGGCAUUGAAUGUUGCGAGGCAAUUUGCGGCUAUGAAGCUUUGCUCAUAGUUCUUGUCUGUAUCUUCCAAUGUGAACUGUUGAACUCUCAUGUCCACCCUGUUAACCCCCACAGGUCCACAUAUUGUGUGCUUUCAAGAACAUGCUUGUUUACAUCCACAAUGUGAUUCCUACAGACUCUGGGAUUUGUUGAACCGUUUGGGUUUUGAACUUUUCAUCAUUGAUGACCUGCACGAGCUCAAUUCCCGUUGUAAGUGUGGGAUGUAUGUUUUGCAGCGUCAGUUUGCUGGGGACCACAUUGUCACGGUCAACUCUCUUUGCAUAAUGGGAUAUGCCUAUUCAUCAGUCUGCAAUGUUCCCAUAAGAUAUUUCACAUUGGGGACCACAGUGUCACGCUUUGCUCCCAAGUUCACGUCGUCCAUUUGUGAGCGAUCCUUACAUUCAGUACUCCUUCGCAUGGAAGCAGGUUGCUGGGUACUGGUCCGUAGUCUUUUCCAUGGAAACAGGUCGCAUGCUUGCACAUGCAGGUUGAUUCUGCUGAUGACGUUGAGAAGAGGAUGUUGCCGAGCGUAUCAUUGUCAUAUUCAGGAGCACAGGGUAGUGCUGUUGGGCUGCAUAAGACCAGUAGGACUUGGAGAGUUUGGGCUGAAGCUUUAUGAUCGUUGCUCGCUGGGCACCGAACGCAACACUUGAGAGUUUUGUUACGCUGGGCCAAUUGAUAAUAGAUUUGUACCUGUGUGUGUGGACAGGGAAAGCCAGUUCCCAAUCGUGAUGGUGUGGGAGAAGUUUUAGACGAGGUUCAUCACAGAGGCUGUUGCAAAGUGUAUCAUCUGUUAGUCCAAAACCUUUUUCCGCCUAUCAAAUCGUUGUUGGGACUUGCAUGAGUAUUUUCUGUCGAGGGGCGGCGGUCGUGAAUUGGAUGUGGUUGUGCAAUGGUUGAGAUCCUGAAUUUC